UGAUUUUGGUAGCUAACAUUAGCCGCCGAAGCUCUGCUGCUGGAAGAUGUCGGUGAAGAGAGGGAUUGGCGAUUCAGCGUUUUUAAAGAAGAAGAUUCCCCAGAACCCAAAAUAUCAGCAUGUAAAAACAAGGCUUGAUACAGGCUCCAGCCUGACAAAAUACAUGGAGAGACUAGAGGAGGCGAGAAAAAACUACAGAUAUAGGAAGGACGAGCUGUUCAAAAGACUGAAAGUGACCACAUUUGCACAGCUGGUAAUCCAAGUUGCUUCAGUGUCAGAUCAGAAUGACAACAUUAAAGAUGAAUUGGCAGGAUUAGAAGAUGAUGUUUCGUUAUUCUCUGCAUCACCGGGCCUCGACCGUCUCUCCGAUCAGACUAAUGGCUCCCCACAACCAACCCUUCCUCCUCCGCAGAUUAUCAACAAUGACGAAUCCGGCGACAAUAACUUUUCGCCCAGAUCUACACUUCAAAGUGUCAUCAGUGGCGUGGGAGAAUUGGAUCUGGACAAGAAUGGACAGAAGACCAUCCGGCUGUCUCCGGUUUCUACCUCCAACACCGCAGAGUGUCCCUAUCCCGACUGCCCGUAUCUGUUGCUGGAUGUGCGGGACAGAGAGCUGUAUGACCAGUGCCAUAUUGUCAGUGCAUUUAGCUACCCUAUUGCAACUUUAUCAAGGACGAUGAACCCGUACACAAAAGAAGUGCUUGACUACAAAAAUGCAUCAGGAAAGAUCAUCAUCGUGUAUGACGAGGAUGAGAGAAUAGCAAGUCAAGCAGCCACUACCAUGUGUGAAAGAGGCUUCGAGAAUCUCUUCAUGCUGUCGGGGGGGUUAAAAGUGGUUGCUCAGAAGUUUCCUGAAGGAAUGACGACCGGCUCCAUUCCCAUCUCCUGUUUGCCAUCACCAACAGGCCCUGCAGGACGCAAGCGAUCAGUGCAACAGCAGACAUCACAGCCAGCAGAGAAAAAGUGGCGGUUCACAGCAGAAGACCUCGACAAAAUCCAGCAUUACCUUGAGGAGGUGUUCAUACCCAGUGAAACCAGCAGUCGCCUCAGCAGCAGAAUGUCCACUAGCAGCGCUCGCUCCAAAGCAUCAACAGUCGGUAGCAGUCGACAAGGCUCAUCCAUAGCAGGAUCAGAAAGCGCUCGUUCACGAAGUAGUCGACCCUGGAAAUAACCCUCGCUUUCACUUGGUCACAGCUUCCCUUCAAUGCAAAUAAACCCUUGCUGUUUCACUUUAGCAGGAUUCCUCUGAGCAUCUGUGAUGGACAAACCACUGGCAUGUAUUUUUUUUUUCAGUUCACAUUUAUCAUGCCACAUGCACAUGGUUUAAUUCUGUGAAGAAAUGAAACAUAAAAGUUCUGGAAGUACACAACAAUGGCACUGAAAUGGUUUUAUACACAGUUUUGCACUACAACUUUUUUUUUGCAUUUUUGCAACUUCAAAUCCAAACCAUGUGUUUAAAAUCGAAAUCCAUUUCUGAGUUAGCACUGUCAAUUGUUUUUGUGCAUCAUGGAACCAUUUAUACUCAAAUAAUGGUGCAAGAUGUCAAUUUUAAUGCAUAUGUAGUGUUCGUCUAAAUGUUACAUAGUUUAUGUUUUUUGAAAAUAAGCUCAUUUUACAACUCCCCUAGAGUUAAACAUUCGUUUUACAAUUUUUGAAUCCAUCCAUUCAGCUGGCAGGAGCACUUUUAGCUUAGCUUAGCAUAGUUCAUUGAAUCGGAUUAGACCAUUAGCAUCUCCCUAAAAUAAUUUUCCUAUUUAAAGUUUCUAUAGUUACAUUGUGUACUAAGAUUAACAGAAAAUGAAAUGUUGCUGUUUUCUAGGCAGAUGUGGAUAGGAACUUUACUCCCAUUCCGGUAUAAUAAUCAAAGAACUUGUGUAACAUCAUUGCGCCUGCUGCAGCCAUGGUACGGCAGCAGAAUUCCUUGAUUAUCACGCCAGAAUGAAAGUAUAGUUCCUAGCCAUAUCAACCUAGAAAACAGCAACUUUUGAUUUCCCUUUGGUAUUACUACACAAUAACUACAGAAGAGUCAAGCUGUUGGAAAAUCAAAAAAUAUUUUGUCAUUUUUGAGCGAGAUGCUAAUGGUCUAAUUCGAUUAUAUGAUCUUUGCUAAGCUAAGCGCUCCCGCGAGACCCAGAGAUUGGCUGAAUGGAUUUUUAACUGUAUGUGACUUGUGAAAUGAGCAUUUCCAAAACAAAGUGGAGUAUUCCUUUAAGCAGGUCUUAGUGGUGUUACUAACCUGGCCCUGUAUGCUGCGUUUUGAUUUGUUAUUUGUGUUGUUUACCCUUUUAUUUGUCUUUUCCACGCUGUGGUUUGUUCCCAUGGUUUUUCCAGUUACUUUCUCCUCCCCUCUACAUUAUCUUGUCAGCCAUUUUGUGAAAAGCUUCUUUGCAUCAGUCAGUCUUAACAGAACAACUGUUCUUCUUCGGAUUUUAGUGGCAGCUUGAAUACUUUGCAUUGCAUUACUGCCAUCUUCUGGUAUUUUAGUUUACAUUCUUAUUGCUAACAGAACAACUGACCACAGCUAACUGGUUUUAUACAAAUGGUUGACAAGAUAACUAGACGAGCAGAGACAGUAACUGGGGAAACCAUGGGAACAAAUGAGGGUGUGGCACAGAGGGAACACAGGAAACAUCGAGGACAAACUGAAACACAGCACCAGAAUGGUAACAUGUGAACUGACUUCACUUACUGAUGGUCAUUUUAUUUGCUUUAAAUUGUGCUAUGAAAUGAUCUGUUCAUUGAGCAUGCUGGUUUAGCUUCUGUAUGAUUACUUGCUCAGUAGGUACAGUUUUUAUGCUGCAGUUCUUUAGAAAUAUUUUAGAUGUGCUUUUUAAUGCCUUAAACGAAAGCUUGUCUGUUUGUUUAGUGCAUUUGUUAAAAUGGCGGACGCUUCUCCAGCCCAGAUUUGAACGUUUUAAAAUGUAGAUGUGAUUGUGGGCAUUAAUGAAGAUAAUGCUGCUGUGUUUAUUGCAGAGUGUGAUGAAGGAACCUAAAGUGCAUUUAUUGGAGCUAUUGUUGAUAUAAUGUACACACAGAGUUGUAAAGAAAGUGACUGCUUUGGCCUUUUGUUUUCUGUAUUUCUCUUUUAAAUUCACGUUCAUUCAUAGAACUUGACUUAUUGACCAAUGAAACAUUAAUUUAAUCUAUAUAACGAAAGCUACCUGGUUUGUUACUUUGUAUUGGACUUAUUAAAGAUAAUUUUUUUUUAAUUGUCGAUACAAGUGGUAUUUAAAUUACUUUUACGAAUAUUCAUCAUCGUGUUGUUCGUAAGGAGUUGCACAGUA